GACUCUCUUGCUUCUUCUUCUCUUCUCCUCAUCUCCUCCUCCUCCCUUCUCGUCUUUUAAUUUUUUUUAUAUAUUUUUUUUGUUCUCUCUUGCGACUUUUCUCCUUCCCUCAUCAGGAACUUCUUAAGUUUCUGAGUCUAUGAAGAUGCCAGUGGCAUUGGUCUGGCUACUGGCAUUCAGUAUUCUACUGAUCGGAGGAGAAGGUAGUAAUGCUAUCUGCAAGGAGAGUUUCAAGUUAGACCCUAGACCGCACAGCGUUUCCAUUCUCGAGUUUGGAGCGGUUGGAGAUGGAAAGACGCUGAACACGCUUGCUUUCCAAAACGCUAUUUUCUAUCUCAAGUCAUUUGCGGAUAAAGGCGGUGCUCAACUUUAUGUUCCACCGGGGAAAUGGCUCACUGGAAGCUUCAAUCUCACGAGCCAUCUCACUCUCUUCUUGGAGAAAGGAGCAACUAUUCUUGCAUCACCGGAUCCAUCGCAUUGGGACGUUGUCAGUCCUCUACCGUCCUAUGGUCGUGGAGUUGAAAUUCCUGGAAAGCGGUACAGAAGUUUGAUUAAUGGAGAUAAUCUUGUAGACGUAAUCAUCACCGGUGAUAACGGGACAUUUGACGGUCAAGGUGCAGCGUGGUGGGAGUGGCUUGAGUCAGGGUCCUUAAACUAUAGCCGACCUCAUAUCAUCGAAUUCGUCUCUUCCAAAAACAUCCUCAUAUCGAAUCUAACCUUCUUAAACGCACCCUCAGUAAACAUUCACCCGGUUUAUUGUAGUCAUGUUCAUAUCCACAAAGUUUUGAUCGAAACAUCAGUUGAUUCACCAUACGUUCUCGGUGUUUCCCCGGAUUCUUCAGACAAUGUUUGUCUCGAGGACUCAACGAUCAACGUUGGCCACGACGCGGUCUCUCUCAAAAGUGGUUGGGACCAAUACGGCAUAAACUACGGCCGUCCAACCACAGCUGUUCAUAUUCGGAACCUCAGCUUAAAGUCUCCCACUGGCGCCGGAAUCUCCUUCGGCAGCGAGAUGUCAGGGGGAAUCUCUGACGUGACCGUCGAGCGACUUAACAUACACAGCUCACUUGUAGGCAUAGCCUUCAGAACCACCAGAGGCAGAGGAGGUUACAUCCGUAAUAUCACAAUCUCCAGCGUCGAUCUCUCCGGCGUUGACACAGCCAUCUUCGCCAGCGGACACAUCGGGUCGCAUCCGGAUGAUAAAUUCGACCGGGACGCACUCCCUGUCGUGACACACAUCAGCAUGCGGAAUAUCACCGGAGAGGAUAUAGGAUUGGCCGGUAACAUCACCGGGAUAGGAGAAGCUCCGUUCACGUCGAUAUGCCUAGCGGAUAUUCAUUUACAAACACGUUCAGAAUCUUGGGUUUGCUCCAACGUCUCUGGUUUCUCAGACGACGUAACACCGGAGGCUUGUACAGAGCUCAUGAGUUCUCCAUCGUCGUGCUUUGGUGGUGGUAGCUUAUACGGUGGAGAUGCGGCGGCUCAGUCGUGGUAAUUAUAGCGAAGUAAUAAACGGGUGAUGAGGAUAAGGAGAGUGAGGUGGGAGUUUGGUUUACGUACGAUACGAUUGGAUUUUUCAAAUUUUUUUGUCAAUAAGUUCAUAAAUUUGUUGUCAGAGCGAGAGGAUAAAAAAAGAAAGGAGAAUUACGUUUAAAGUGGUGAGUUUGAAGAACAGAGCGAGCUUCUUCUAUUGUUAUUAUGUACAGUUUCCAUUUCUUUCAUUCAUGGUGUAACAAAAAUUCAUCCUUUCUUUUUUAUGUGUAAGAAAAAAAGUAUAUCGUUUGUGAA